AUGGAGGGCAACAAACCUACGUUGCAUUUUAUGACCAAUUCGGGGUCGCAGCAGAGCCUGUGGCUGCUGGAGGAGUUGGGCAUCGAAUACAACCUCGUCCUGCACGAACGGGACCGGGGCCGCGCGGCAGUCGCCCUGCGGGACACACAUCCGCUUGGCAAGGCGCCGCAGCUCGUCACGGCUUCGGGCCGCACGAUCGCCGAGCGCAGCGCGAUCGCCUACUACCUGAUCGAGACGUACGACAAGGAGGGCCGGUUUAAGCGGCCGGCCGACGACCGCGAGAACGACCAGUUCCGCGAGCAGCAGCUCCUCUCGGUGGGCAUGACGUCGGCGAACGUGUACAUGAGCCUCAAGGUCGUAUUGAGCGCGCUCGCUCACUCUACGCCCUUCUUCGUCCGGCCGCUGAUCCUGAGCAUCCUGUGGGUGCUCAGCAGGGCAUUCCUGGACGCCGAAAUCGAUAGCGUCUUCAAGUUCCUAGACGCCGAGCUCGAGGGGCGCCAGUUCUUCAACGGCACGGAGCGGCCAACGGGACUCGAUUUCGUGCUGCAGUGGUACGUCGACUUCGGACGCUGGGGAUGCGGUAUCGACCUGGACAAGUACCCGAAGAUAAGGGAGUGGAAUGAUAGGUGUGUUUCGCGCGAGGCGUGGAAAAAGGCUCUGAAGAAGGGCAACGGUUAUGGCGUGGCCUUCUGGGAGAAGUAA